AUGAAUAACAUUGAGAAUAAACACACUCAACUUUUCGUUAUCGACUCGCCAACUUCAUGGAAAUGUUAUGUUCAAAGCCCCCAUAAAUUUACACAUUCAAUCAUUUCACAUGAAAUAGAAUCGAAAGAAAGAGAAAGAGAAACAAAUAAAGAGCCUGAAAACAACAAAAUAAAUCUUUUCAAUAUUUCUCAUGACCUCAUCUUAUCAGCAAGUUAUGACCCAAACGACAGUGAUAUGAAACUUCAUCGAAGAACAUAUAAAGAUGAAGAGAAAUUUUCGGUGUUGGGAAAAGCACAAGAGAAUCAAAGUGCAAAUCAAGAAAGUUGGAGAAGGCAGAAGGAACAAUCUAGUAGUAACUACGCGAGAAGAAAUAUGGAUUCAAAAAAACUUUUUUCCUGA